CGCAUCUAGCUACUGAUUCACUCUUGGAAGCUCAAACUCCAAACUCAACAUCGACAAGCUGUUGAACAGAAAUAUACAAUACUGAACCUCUUACUUCCCAUCACUCGGGUACUCACAACAAGUACAGCAUGGACUGGGAUCGGAGUAGAAGGUUUGAUGACCACCGUGGCGGCGAGAGCUAUCGCCCUGCUGGCUCCCGGGGUUAUAUUCGUCGCAGUAGAUCGCCCUCUCGAAUUCACUCUCCGCGUCUUGUUGCGGACACCUGGGUUCCCAGUAAUCGGACGUAUGGCCGUGCUCGUAGUCGGUCACCCGCUCUCAGGCGUCGUUCUUCACGUAGCCCUCCUUUUUACAGUCGAGACACUGUAAUGGGCCCUUAUUCGAAGACAUCCUCUCCAACCAGACGCUACUCACCGAGGCGGGAGGGCAGAAACCGAUCACCCCCUCAGCUACUCUGGCAAUCAAGAUCCCCUUAUGGCGGAGAGAUGGCAAGGGGACGAAGCACACCGAGAAGAUUGCGAGAACCGUCCCCUCCCGGUCAAGAUUUUAGGCAACCCCGUAGAGAGCGUCCUUCUCUGCCCACCGAUAAGUAUGCAAAAGCUGAACUCUCUGUCCGAGAUGGCAGCGGUCGCAUGCCUCCGCUGCCCCGACCACGCAGUCCUUUACAUCCAACACGCAGAGAACGAGUUUCAGACAUUGUUACAUUUCAGAAGCGAUUAUCCCCAUCUGCCAGGGGCGAUCCAUCCCCAAUGCGCACAUCGGCCUCUGGUUCACUUCCAAACUCGAGGCGGUCUUCUCCGAUUAAUGAAAGACCUGGCACAUUUCCUCACCAAAUCCGGGAUCGGUCCCCCUCGCAUUGUACUCCUUCUCGAUGUCAUUCGAAACAUUCAGAUCUCUCAAACCGCCGGGAUGCCCGUGUACGCCCGAAAGAUAAAGCCAGUCUUGAAGAAGCUAAACCUAUGUUGCCUGCCAUAGAGCAAGCGAACAUUACGGAGAGACGAAACCCAGAUAGAGCCGACAUGCGUCGGUCUUUCGACACUGCAGAAAUCUCGCAGACGCCCGUUUUGUACUCCGGUAAUGUACCAACACAGCCGAAAGCAUACAACUCCAUGCCAACGCAGGCGCCACCGUCCGGCCCUUCUCAUGGCCUCAAAGCCUUACCCCAGCAAAUUCGCGGGUCGAGCAUAUCCUUACUCUCAGCUCCAACUCGGCCGCGUGGCGGUGCUAACUUUAAGGAAAACCCCUGGACAGCAUCGACAGCGCGCCGUGGGGGUCUAUCCGCUGGGCUUCAUGGAGCCCCCCCGACUGGUCCGCGCAGUAGUCUCUCCGCUACAGGUUCAGUCGUUGAGUCCAACCGACCCUCAUCUGGCAGACAGAGCAGUGUUACCGGAAUCACUCAUUCGCGUCUACAGAGAUUCUCUAGCCAAUUAUCGGGAUUACGCGCAGUUAUCCCCGAAGGCAAGCCUCUCCCAUUGGGUCUUGACGCCUCCAUCGAGAAACGUCUCUCCCUGUUAGAGACGGACAGAGAUCGGCUUGUUGAGCAGGCUACUGACAAUCAGCGCCUGAAUCGUCUUGGUGCCCGUGACUGGGAUAGAUUAGACAGGGAAAGCUCCAUUUGUGCGCUGAAAAGCGAACUGGCAGAGGGGCAUUUGCAGCGAAUCAGUGAUAGCGACAGCAUGCAUAUUGGCAUGACAUUCUGAGAUAGUUUAAAUCGGGGAUCUUGUUUCUCAGCUCUUCGCACUAUGAUGCUUCCUCUGGAAUUGUCCUGCAAUCUUCUUUCAGGGAAUCUUAAUCUGCAACUGCCUUGCUUGUUACACUGCCAUCAUUGCUACCAAACAUGUAAACCUGCCUGAUCAAGGAGAAGCGCUUGGAGGUAUCUUUCCACAUUGAGAAAUAGGUGAAUUGUACCCAUCUCAAUGAUGCGAGGUUACCAUAACUAUCCGACAGAGAAAUAUUUGUACCAGGCAAUCCCAGCUUUUCAAGGGCUGUCGGACAGAUUGUUAUAUUGCCAAUGGUCUAUCUAAUCUAUCGAAUGGGGUUUGUUUGCGCACAAUCCAGCUCGCAG